AUGGUUUCAGACGGCGACGCCGAGGUCAACUAUGAUAUAUAUUUCAAAGUUGGGCAUAUUGAAGAGGAGCUCGGGCAUCUAAGGCAGGCUAAAGAUGACGACCGAACCAUCGAGAUUUUGAACUGGAUCUGUCAACCCGCUCUCAGCCUACGAGAGCCACCAAACCCAGCGCAAGCGGUAGCGCUGGAUCCAAGUUCGAACCGAUUCAUGCAUCACAAUGAAACAUAUAAGCAGUGGUUGGAAGAUGGUUCCUGGCAAUUGAACUGCUACGGAAAGCCAGGAUCGGGCAAGAGCGUUUUGGCAGAAGCCAUUGCCACAGACUUACGAAAACAGCUGGAGCCUCAGGGAACACCAAUAUUAUCCAUAUUCUUCCGCAGUGAACAAGCAUCUCGGCAGACCUUGGACGUUGUGCUUUGCAACCUAUUGAGACAGCUCCUUACCAGCCGCGAUAGUACUGGUUUUUGCGAAAUUCCGGAGGAGAUUAAAAACCUUUGGAGCAAGUCCAGGUCGAUCGCGAGGCGCUCACUCCUGGAAGAGCAGGCCAGGGAUUUGAUUCACGACCAGCUGUCCAGGUUUCCGACCAAAUUCUUAAUCGUGGACGCCAUCGAUGAGGCCGAGGGCUGCAUGAACAGUAUCUCCGAAGAGAUCAAAGAAUUACGGAACCUAGGCUUUUGCAUCUUGACUACUGACCGCAGGGAUCCUCGUGCCAACUAUGACGCCGCGUACUGUCACGAGUGCGGCCCAGACCGGGGCCCGCUGGAGCUGGCCUGGCUGUGCAGGAUUUGCUCUGGCCACUUUGACGAGGGAAAACUCUGGCUAUGUAGGGAGUGCUACAUCGUCAAGAAGAGACGGUGUUCCGAUGCGAGCCACGCAAUGGCGCCACCAAGGAAAGUCAACGUGGAAAUUUCAGCAACGCAGGAAGACAUCAGACUUCUUGUCACCCGGUUUCUUAGCGACAGCUUCAGCGCCGGAGACAUUGGCGAUGAUGAUGAAAUGUUCUCCGGAAACAUUCCCAUACUGAGGUCCCUGAAAGAGAAAAUGGGCUUAGAAUUUUGGGACUCAUUGCCGUCAAAGGUCAGCCGGGCUGCUGAGGGUAACUUUCUGGUCGCCCGAUUGUUCCUGGACCGAUUAGGACUGCAAAGAAACCAAGCCGGGAUCUUGACUCUAAUAGACGAACUGGAUUCUGGGAAACUCAAAAGCUUCGAAGAGCAGUACGCUGCCACGCUAAGCUUAUGUCUAGAGAGAAACGACAAGUAUGGCGUCCAGGUCGCCCGGGAUUAUAUGUCCGUCGUGGCGUCUGCCUACGAGGUGCUCACGUUCGAACAACUUUCCCACGCCACAGCUAUCAGACCUAAAGAUAGAAGCUUGAGUGAUUUUUCUGGUCGAAUUUGCAGCAAGGCAACUGUCCGGCGGGAUACGCAGGGGCUCCUCACUGCUCAACACACGGGGACGGCCAACACAUUUCCAGUGAGCUUCUUCCACCGAACACUUGCAGCGUACAUGGAAGAGCACCGUUUGAAAUGGUUCCCUGAAGCCGAAAAGUUGAUUCUGGACGGAUGCUUGUAUUACCUACGCCUCGACGUGUUCUCAAGACCAUUCAACUCUGGCGACGAGCUGGAGGCGGCUAUCCAGCAGCACCCCUUCGCAUCCUACGCGGCUUGCUAUUGGGGCUUCCAUGCCUGCAAUAUUGAAAGCACUGCUGAAAAUAACCUUCGAAUCCUGGAAUUUCUCAACGACCAAGAAAGACUAGAGUGUGUCAUGCAGAUUUCCUGGCACACUAGAUCCUUGGAGGGUGCGCACUGGGACGUGCCCGGUGGCAUUACUCCGCUUCAUUUUUGUGCCUUCUACGGCUUAGAAACGCUGUGCCAGACCAUUAUCAUAUUCAGUCCAGGGGAAAUCACCACGGGGGAGGAUUCGUACAACCAGACGUCUCUCAUUUAUGCCUGUCGAAGAAAGCAUAUUGGAGUUGCGCGUAUGCUCCUGGAUGCUGGUGCAGACCCCAACCAUCUCACCAAAAAGGGAAUGACGCCUCUGAUAGAGGCUGUUGAGACCUCCUACUUGGGAAUGAUAGACUUAUUGCUCAGCAGAGAGGUCAUUGAUGUCAAUUUGAGGGCUCCAGGACGACAUAAUAAAACAGCUUUGGUAUUAGCCGCGGAGAACGGUCAUGUCGACGUGUUAAAGAAGCUGCUGGCCCAUCCCGACAUCGAUAUCAACAUGCCAGAUGGCGCCGGCUGCACCGCGUUGUCGAGAGCAGUUCGGCACGCUCAUAUAGACAGUGUGCAGUUAUUGCUCAGCUGCAAUGCGACCGACCUGACGUUGACCGACCACCUAGGACACCGAUCAGCUUUGGACUGGACCGCAGAGGAGAGCGUCGUGAAUUCAGGGGUUUCUAUCGAGGAGAUUGACUCAGUGGCUGCUGUGUUGUUGGCCGACGGACGGAAUCCAAAGCCCUCGAAUGAAGCCAUCAGUGUGGCAAUCAAUCAAGGCAGAAUUGGCUUACUGGAGACUUUUUUGAAAUGGAACAACCUAGACUUGUUGUACGUCGACGAACAUGGACGCAACUUCCUGCACCUGGCUGCCUCGAUGGGGAAUCUCCCAGUGGUCAAGCUGGUUCUCGGGCAAUUUUCUCGUCCGCAGUCCUUCCAAAUCGACUCCCGUGACAACCACAGGGCGACCGCGCUACAUCUUGCGUGCCGCUAUCUCUCUGAAGAGGCACAAGUGGAAACGAUCGAAUUCCUCCUCAGUGAAGGCGCGGACCCAAGCUUGGAGGAUGGCGAGGGUUUCAGCGCGAUGGCGAGGGCGAAGCACGCAUCCCCGAACCUCUGGGCAUCUCAUAUCAGGGCAGCCUUUGAAAGCAAAGGAGUCACGAUCGACGAAACGUCGAGGAUCCUGAAGUCAACAAUCCUAUCUGCUCUCCACACAGAAAGCAUCGCCGUGUUUGAGAGAGAGCUUAACAGCUCGUCUGGUCCACUCGACCCAGAGAUAGAUAUUUAUACCGGCGAAACCCUACUCUGGCGAGUGAUCAAGCAAGAAAACCCUCGCAACGUGGAGUUGCUCAAGCUCUUUCUGCCAAGAAGCGCACGCUUUUUGUCAGCCAGUUGCAACAAUGGACGCACCUGCGCACACCUCGCAGUCCUGAGGUCCUGCUCCGAUACACUUCAGCUCCUGACCGACGCCGGAAUCGACCUGGACACGAAGGACAAGUGGGGCAUGACGGCACUGCAGCUCGCGCAGAGCUUCUAUCGCUACGACAUGUGUGUUUACCUCAUUGUUAAAGGCGCACAGAUGCCCCAAAACCACGAGAUCCGCCCUGCGCUGCUCCAUGCCGCCGUGGUCAGCGGCGACGCCGAGCCCGUUCGCCGGCUCUUAGCCGCGGGCAUUGACAAGCGUUACCGCGAUGAGGCGUCAGGGAUGACGGCGCUUCAGACAGCCGAAAGACUAGUCGAGGACUCGGAGCGGGAUGUCAAAGACGACUUGAUCAGGCAGUGGGACCAUGCCGUCCUGGAAAGCGUCCCGAGAUUCGAGGCGGAGGCUGCGAAAGCACCGGAAGUGAUCCGGCGGAAGGAGGUUCGGGACUUGGUCAGGAAUGCACAAGGACCUGAUAUAGGCCAGUGGGGUAUUGAACCACGUUUUGAGUCUCAGAAAGGCGUUGAAAAGGCUUUGGUGGCGCUGAAGGAGAUGGAUCCGGAAAAGAUACUGGCACCAGCUGACUUGCUCCAACCAAAAGCCGGGGCUGCAGCGGAUACCGCACGACACGAGGCUGGCGUUGGUCGGCUUGAGGCUGCUUCAGCUGCGAUUCCCAUGAAGGCCCCAAUAGAAGAUUUUGAAAGGUAUAAGGGGAUGACGGGCUUGCUGCUUGCUGUUGUCAUUGGGUGGCUCAUCGCCACAGUCACACAGUUGUUGCUUCGAUAUUCUCCAACAAUCACGGCUACUCAAUAG